AUGUCUGCAGCCCUUUAUCCAAUAGAUGGAACUCUGUUUCCUAGGUCUGUCUGCAGUGAUCAUUGUACUGCUGGAUUUCGAAAAGCUGCUCGACCUGGGCAACCAGUUUGUUGUUAUGACUGUGUUCCAUGCUCCAAAGGAGAUAUUAGCAAUCAGUCAGAUGCAAGUGCCUGCCUUACAUGUGAAGCAGAUCACUGGCCUAAUGAAAAGAAAGAUAAAUGCAUUCCAAAGUUUGUUGAGUUUCUUUCCUAUGAAGACUCUCUGGGAGCAACAUUAGCUGCAGUUGCAGUUUGUGGUUUCAUGGUCACUGCCUUGAUUUUAUGUGUCUUCAUUAAGAACAAACACACACCAAUCGUUAAGGCCAAUAACUGCAACCUGAGCUACCUUCUCCUUUUGGCCCUUAUGCUGUGUUUUCUGUCAUCUUUAAUAUUCCUUGGUUAUCCCACAAAAGUGAACUGUAUGCUUCGACAGGUUACAUUUGGGAUAAUAUUUUCUCUUUGUGUCUCCUGUAUUUUGGCAAAAACAAUGAUUGUGGUUAUAGCUUUUAGUGCCACAAAGCCUGACAGUAAACUACGUAGGUGGCUAGGAAGUGGUCCCCCUAAUGCUGCCAUCAUUAUGAGCACAAUAAUUCAGAUUAUGAUAUGCAUUGUUUGGAUAAUACUUUCACCUCCUUUUGUAGAAUCCAUCACAAAUGUUGAAGAUGGAAAGAUUGUAGUUGAAUGCAAUGAAGGUUCAUCAUUUGCUUUUUGGUGCAUGCUAGGAUACCUGGGUUUCCUUUCAAGUAUUAGUUUUUCUGUGGCAUUUUUAGCAAGAAACUUACCAGAUAAGUUUAAUGAAGCCAAAUUCAUCACAUUUAGUAUGCUGGUGUUUGUCAGUGUCUGGCUUACUUUUAUUCCUGCCUACCUUAGCACCAAAGGGAAGACCAUGGUUACUGUUGAAAUAUUUGCAAUCUUAUCUUCCAGUACUGGAAUUCUUUGCUGUAUAUUUCUCCCAAAGUGCUAUAUUAUUUUAUUAAGGCCAGAGAGGAACACAAGGGAGUAUUUAGUGGAAAAAAACAAAUAAUAGUAAAUAUACUGCAAACUACAAGUGUACAAUACUGAUAC